GGCAGCGGCGCUGGCGAUGUCCUGUGCGGUUGCGGUUGCAGUUGGCGAGAGGGGUGGCGGGCCGAGCGGCGUCGCGCUGUCUGCCCGGCGAGGAAGGGGGCGCGCCCGCCCGGCCCCGGCCCCGGCCAGGCUCAGUUUGAGGUGUGCCACCAAGGGAGGAGGACCGUGCGUCGUGUUCGUGUCGGUGAUUAUAGCGUCGCGUGUCAAGCAAACAGGACCAGUAUGAUGAUGGCAAGGCAUUCGGCGGUCAGGUACUCGGACGAGAUCAACGACAAGCUCAUCAAGUGGAUGAACGAGACGGGCUACAACAUUGUGCAGAUCAACGGCCAGAGGAUCUCCACCUCUCCGCGGAUAGACAGGAGGCCGGGCCGGGGUUGCGAGGUGUUCGUGGGCAAGAUACCGCGGGACUGCUACGAGGACGAGCUGUUCCCCGUGUUCCAGCGCAUCGGGCACAUCCACGAGCUGCGGCUCAUGAUGAUGUUCUCCGGGACGAACCGCGGCUACGCCUUCGUCAUGUACGAGCGGCUCCAGGACGCGCAGCGCGCCGUCCAACAGCUGGACAGCUACGAGAUCCGCCGCGGCCACCGCAUCGGCGUGCUGCCCUGCGUCAACAACUGCCGCCUGUUCGUUGGCUGCUUCGGACCGCCGGACGAGCGCACCGAGGCCGAGUUGCAAGAGGUGCUGCGCUCCGAGACGGAGCACGUCGUGUCGGUGAAGAAGCGCGAGGGGCGCAACGACCGCUGGUACCUGCUGGUGGAGUACAUGAACCACCGCGCCGCCGCCAUCGCGCGCAGGGAGCUCACCCCUCGCCGGAGCCAGCUGUUCGGCCCCAGGGUCAUCGUGGACUGGGAGAUCCAGCUGGACAAGCACGGCCGCAAGCUCGCCCUGGAGCAGCGACGUGCGGUCAAGCCUUCGACGACAGUGAGUAUCCGCGCGGGUGUCGUGGAGCAUGAGGAAAUGCCUGCCUAUUGCACGAUUUGUUAAAAAUAUGUGUGUGUGUGUGUGUGUGGGUGGCUGUGCUGGAGUAGGCUUGCUUGCUAAGUUGUUUGGUGUGGUGGUAGCCAUCGCCUUUGAGGUAGACGUUAAAAACGAUUCAUUUAAAUCACGCGCACAUUUGAGUUGCUG